GAGAUUGACAGCGUCUGGAUCACCAGUAAACUGAGACGGGACCUGCCGCGCUACUUUGAGCUGUGUUUUGGCGAGGUGCGAAUCCGCACAGAUCUCCAGAAGGGCCCUGGGUUCCAGCCAUCCAUCCCGGAGGCUCCCAGAGAAGCCAAUGGAAACGAAAGCAGAGCAGACCUGACUCUUAAACCCUCCCUGCUGAGGCUCCUUAGCCAGCUCUUUUCCAUCCACAUGGACUCCAUCAACAUCAUGGUUCUGCACGUGGCCACCUCAGAGUCUCUCUGGCACGUCCAGGCCAGCAAGACGCGUCUCCUCUUGAAUGGCGAUGGAAAGAGCCUGACCUGCGAGGUGAGCCUGACAAAGGUGAACAGCAAAGUCCUCCGGAGCAGCAAGCUGGAUGACACCUGCCUGGCAGAGCUGGCCCUGGCGCUCUCCCUCUCGCUGGAGAUCAGCAGCAGGCGGCGGCUGGUGGGCGUCAGGCUGCGUGUCCGGACCCUGCAGGCAGAGCUGCACGAAGGGCUUUUCUGCAGCCCGCUGCUGCACCGUGUCACUACCGGGGCCCCGUGUCCCUCUCCAGGCCCGGGGGAGCCCUUGAAGUCCCUGUCCCUGCUGAGCAGGGACACGCUGCAGCUCAUCCCCAGGAGGGUGGAGGUGCAGCUGGAGAACACCAGCGUGGUGCUGUCUAUGAACAGCCAGAAGAGGCACCUCACCUGGAGCCUGAAGCUGCUGCAGUUUCUAUAUCAGCGUGAAGAAGAGCAGAUCCCACUGCGCAACUUCACACCCACCUCAGACCUGGACCAAAUGAGUGUAGAUCUCCAGCUAGAGGAUGGCCUUCUCCUGUCCCAGAGCCGCCAGCGCAUCGUGUGCCUCAACUCCCUGAAGACCAGCGUGCAGGUCACAGCAAUUGACCUCUCGGCUGCUGUGCUGCUCAACACCUGCAUCAUCCACUACCGCCACCAAGAGUUUUCACACUGGCUGGGCCUGUUGGCACAGGAAUACCAGUGCCAGGCAGUGCCUGUCCCCAGCCAAGGGCACAAAGGAAGGAGCUAUCCCCAAAUCAUAGCGCCCAUCAUCCUGAGUGCCUCGCUGUCCAACGUCAAUGUGUCAGUGCAGCUAGGGGACACGCCACCCUUCGCCUUGGGCUUCAACUCCAUCUCUGCAGACUACCAGCACCUGCGGCCACAGAGCGUGCACCAGCGAGCAGUGCUGGCCGUGGACCACCUCUGCUGGCGCGUGGGCAACGACUCGCACAUCCAGCGUGCCCCACAUCCCCCAAACAUGCACGUGUGGGGAGAAGCCCUCAUCCUUGACUCCUUCAACCUGCAGGGCAGCUACAACCAGCCCCUGGGCAUGUCUGGCGCCCAGUCGGACCCGAUCUUCCUGGACUGCACCAUCCGGGGGUUGCAAGUGGAGUCGUCGGACACCUGCACCGAGUGCCUGGCCAGGAUCCUGCCCCUGUUCUGCCCACGGCCCAGCGGAGCUGAGCUUGCCAAGCAGCCACCUUCUGCCUCAAGCGAGCCUUGGGGGCUGCUCUGGAAGGUGGAUCUGAAGGUGGAGGACGUGAACCUUUUCACACUCUCAGCCCUGGUGGGUGCCCUGGAGCUGCGGCUGGACACACUGACUGUCCUGGGGAGUGCUGAGAGCUGCACGGUCAGCGUCCAGGGCAUGGUGCUGGCCUUGGUGAAGAGCAUCAUGGAGAAGAUGCAACCGUGCUGCAAAGCUCCUGCCAUCCCCAACCCUGUGGCCAACCUCUCCAUGCUCUCUGUCACCUACCACAGCAGCAUCCGCUCCCUGGAGGUGCAGUGCGGCGAGGGGCUGGCGGUGCUGUGGACCUUGCGGAGCGCCCUCAGCCAAAGGACACCUCCCUCCCUGCUCCCGGAGAGCCCAGCAUCCCACCCAACCACCCCUACUGAGAUACCGGGGCCCCUCCAGCCAGAUGGGACCCCCCCCAAAAGACUUCUGUCCCUGUCACUGGAGCUGAGCUCUGCCAAGCUCACAGCCUUUGUCUCUGAGGCCAACUACAUCAGCCUGGCUGCCGAACGGACCUCCGUGAGCUGGCACGGCGGUGCCCUGCAUGGCUACUGCCCCGAGCUGGCUGCCGGCUUUGAUGGACACAGCAUCUUCAGCUUCAAGGAGGUGGAGGUGAAGCUGCUGCCAGAGCUGGAGGAGGUCAUCUUGCACCGCUGCGCCUUCCCCACCCUGCGCACCCUCCGCAACCGCGGCUGGGCCUUCUCCUUUGCCAGCGUGACCAUUGAAUUCCCCUACCAGUAUGACUUCUCCCACACGCUGGACGCUGCCGUGGGUGUACAGAAGUGGCUGAAAGGCCUUCAUCGGCGCGGGCACCCCGCCAGCACGGCGCUGCCCCCUGACCUCCUGUUCAAAGUGACGCAUUUCUCUUGGGUCUUCCUCGAUGAUGUCUUCGAGGUCAAAUUACGAGACAACUAUGAGCUGAUGAAGGAUGAGAGCAAGGAGAGCGCCAAGCGUUUGCAGCUGCUGGAUGCCAAGGUGGCUGCGCUGCGCAAGCAGCACGGCGAGCUGCUGCCUGCUCGCAAGAUCGAGGAGCUCUAUGCCUCGCUGGAGAAGAAGAACAUUGAGAUCUACAUCCAGCGCUCGCGGCGCCUCUAUGCCAACACACCCAUGCGGAGGGCCCUCCUCACCUGGACCCUAGCCCACCUGGAACUGGUGGCCAUGGCCGACGAAUCUUUCCACGGCACAGAGCAUGUGUUGGAGCAGAUGAGGGACGUGGAUGGCGUCAGCCCGUUCCCUGCUGAGGGUCUGGAGAUGGUCACCCAGUGGUGCCGCAUGAUGAAGGGCAGAGUUGGCAGCUUCUUUGUGCGGAUCCGUGUCUUUGAGAUCCGGAACUGGCAGCUCUCCGGCCGGCUGAUCGGAGCCGAGCAGUGUGGCCAGGCCUGCUCCCGGCGCCGCCAGGUCCUGAAGCUGGGGUUGCCCUGGGGGGAUGCAACAGUGGAGAGGAAUAUGCCACCCUUGAAGUUCUACCACGACUUUCACUCUGAGAUCUCCCAGUACACCAUCGUGUGGGGGCCCUGCUGGGACCCGGCCUGGACCCUGAUCGGCCAGUGCGUGGAUCUCCUCACCAAGCCCUCGGAGGACCCCAGUGCCCCAUUGCCCUGGUGGGACAAGAGCCGCCUUCUCUUCCAUGGGGACUGGCACAUGGACAUUGAACAGGCCAACCUGCACCAGCUGGCCACUGAGGACCCCUACAACACCACGGAGAACAUGCACUGGGAGUGGAGCCACCUCUCCUUCCACUGGAAGCCCGGGCAGUUUGUCUUCAAAGGCAACCUGGACAUCAACGUCCGGACAGCCUCCAAGUAUGAUGACUGCUGCUUCCUGCACCUGCCCGACCUGUGCAUGACGCUGGACCUGCAGUGGCUGUGCCAUGGGAACCCCCAUGACCACCAUGGCGUGGUGCUGCGCUCCCCUGAGUUCCUGCCUGAGGUGCCGGUGGGGCAGCAGUACGACUCCUACCGUGCCUUCCGCUCCGAGAACCUCAACCUCUCCAUCCGGAUGGACCUGACACGGCCCAGUGAGGAGCACUCCCAGCCCCGGAUCCUGCUCUACAGCAGCACCCUCCGCUGGAUGCAGAACUUUUGGGCCACGUGGACCAGCGUGACGCGCCCCAUCUGCCGCGGGAAGCUCUUCAACAACAUGAAACCCAGUAAGAAGAAGCUGGGACAGCAUUACAAGCAGUUGUCUUAUACUGCACUCUUCCCCCGGCUGCAGGUGCAUUACUGGGCCUCCUUUGCCCAGCAGCGAGGGAUCCAGGUGGAAUGCUGCCAGGGCCACAUCUUCACUCGUGGUACCCAGCGGCUUAUCCCGCAAGCCGGCACGGUGAUGCGACGCCUCAUUUCGGAGUGGAGCAUCACGCAGAUGGUGAGUGACCUGAGCCAGGUCACCGUGCACCUCAUGGCCUCCACUUGUGACGAGAAUGCUGACCACCGGCUUGACACCCUGGUGAAGAAAACCCAUCUGCUGAGCCUGUCCUCCCUCACCUACCAGCGGCACAGCAACCGCAUGGCUGAGGAGGAGCUGCCCCUGCGGGAUGGGGACGAUGGUUUCCACACCCACCAGCUACACUUGGUGGACCUGCGGGCGUCCUGGACCACCACCAACCGGGACAUCGCCUUUGGCCUCUACGAUGGCUACAAGAAAGCGGCUGUGCUCAAGCGCAACCUGUCCACUGAGGCCCUGAAGGGGCUGAAAAUCGACACGCAGCUGCAAGCCAAGAAGCUGAAGCGGGGUCCGCUCUCUGCUCACUCCGUCCAUGCCAGAGUGACUGCUCCCAUCACCAGCGGCCGUCCCGAGAGAGCCUCCUCAGGGGGGGCCUACAUGCUGCAGAAGCUCAUUGAGGAGACAGACAAGUUCGUGGUCUUCACGGAGGAGGAGUCGGGGGCUAGCGAGCAGCUGUGCGGCAUUGCCAUGGUGCUGCGCGGUGCCGAGACAGAGGGCUGUGUGAUUGUGUCUGCUGCAAAGGCCCAGCUUCUGCAGUGCCAGCACCACCCUGCCUGGUACGGGGACACGUUGAAGCAGAAGACAUCCUGGACUUGCUUGCUGGAUGGCAUGCAGUACUUUGCCACAACGGAGAGUGGCCCCACCGAGAGGGAGCACGGGCAGCUCUGGCUGGAGGUGAAAAAUAUUGAGGAGCAUCGGCAACGGAGCCUGGACUCAGUGCAGGAGCUGAUGGAGAGCGGGCAGGCGGUGGGGGGCAUGGUCAGCACCACCACAGACUGGAACCAGCCCUCAGAAGCCCAGCAGACCCAGCAGGUGCAGAGGAUCAUCUCUCGCUGCAGCUGCCGCAUGUACUAUAUCAGCUACAGCCAUGACAUCGACCCUGAGCUGGCCACGCAGAUAAAGCCCCCCGAGACUCCCGCCAACCAGGAGAAGGAGGAUCUGCUGAAGAAACAGGAGGGAGCUGUGGAUACGUUCACGCUGAUCCACCACGACCUGGAGAUCUCCACCAACCCCGCGCAGUAUGCCAUGAUCCUUGACAUAGUCAACAACCUGCUGCUGCACGUGGAACCCAAACGCAAGGAGCACAGCGAGAAGAAACAGCGAGUCCGUUUCCAGCUGGAAAUCUCCAGCAACCCUGAGGAACAGCGCAGCAGUAUCCUACACCUGCAAGAGGCCGUGAGGCAGCACGUUGCCCAGAUCCGGCAGCUGGAGAAGCAGAUGUACUCCAAUGUGAAGUCCCUGCAGGAUGACAGCAAAAACGAGAGUCUGCUCGACCUCAACCACAGGCUGCAGCAGCAGCUGAGCCAGGAGAAAGCUGACCUGCAGCUGGAGAGCGAGGAGCUGAACAUACUGAUCAGGUGCUUCAAGGACUUCCAGCUGCAGCGAGCCAACAAGAUGGAGCUGCGAAAGCAGCCGGAGGACGUGAGCGUGGCACGGCGGACUGAGUUCUAUUUCGCCCAGGCACGCUGGCGCCUGACCGAGGAGGAUGGGCAGCUGGGCAUAGCCGAGCUGGAGCUCCAGCGCUUCCUCUACAGCAAGGUCAACAAGUCUGACGACACGGCCGAGCAUCUGCUGGAACUGGGCUGGGUCACGAUGAACAACCUCCUGCCCAACGCUGUGUACAAGGUGGUGCUGCGUCCCCAGAGCUCCUGCCAGUCUGGACGGCAGCUGGCACUGAGGAUUUUCAGCAAGGUCCGGCCGCCCGUGGGAGGCAUCUCCAUCAAGGAGCACUUUGAGGUGAACGUGGUACCCCUCACCAUCCAGCUCACCCACCAGUUCUUCCACAGGAUGAUGGGUUUCUUCUUCCCUGGCCGCAACGUGGAGGAAGAGGAGGUGGGGGAUGAGGAAGACAAGUCCAAGCUGGUGACGACAGGGAUCCCCGUGGUGAAGCCGCGGCAGCUGAUCGUGGCCGAUGACUCACUGGGCCCAGGGAAAGGAGUUGCUCAGGGACUGAAUCGCACAUCAGGGGUCAGAAGAUCAUUCCGAAAAGCGCCGGAGCAUCCUGUGGAUGACAUCGACAAGAUGAAGGAGCGCGCGGCCAUGAACAACUCCUUCAUCUAUAUCAAGAUCCCGCAGGUGCCGCUCUGCGUCAGCUACAAGGGCGAGAAGAAUAGCGUGGACUGGGGCGACCUAAACCUGGUGCUGCCAUGCCUGGAGUACCACAACAACACGUGGACGUGGCUGGACUUUGCCAUGGCGGUGAAGAGGGACAGCCGCAAAGCCUUGGUGGCACAGGUACGUGGGACCCCAUCCCGCAGUGCCUCCGCACGGGGGAAGCUGGAGAACAAAUUGGAUGGGACCAUCCAGCAGCAGGAGGAGGAUGAGAAGGCACGUCUGCUCAUCGGGCUGAGCGUGGGCGAGAAGAACCCCAGCAAGAAGUCGAUCUUUGGCAGCCGCAAAUGA